AUGACAGAGACUUCAAAUCCAGGGCCACCAUCAGCUCAGCAGAUUAUACUCCGGCCGAAUGUGGUUAUCCAGCCUCCACUAUCGCGCUGCGGGCAUGGCCCCGGAGUGAUGAUCCUACGUCCACUGUGCUAUGCUCAAUGCCAGCAAAAUAAUCAGAGUCUCGACCCGGAACCAUUGAAUAAAUGGGCCGAGGAAAGCUUGACAGUAGCUCAGGUUACUUUGGAUGCGCAGUCGAGCGCUGACCAGGCCUCCGUGCAGGAGUUGAUCGAGACCGCUCAGCACGGGUUGGCGACACAGCCUGAAUGUGACAGCAAAGACCGCUUUGGGUUGAUAGUGUAUGGUUCCCAGGCAGACUAUGCGCCUCAGUUCGAAGAAGCUUUGCGUGGGACACUCACCGGAGACCAAAUGGUCGUUGCUACAGUCUACUUUGACUCCUGGAAUGUUUACCCCAGUCCAGUAUCUCUCGUUCAUGUACCAGGCACCCAGCAGGACCAGUCACGAAAAUUAGAAGGGCAGACCACCCAUGUGUACUCCGACGUGUCCUCCCCUGGGUUUAUCAUCCCCGGCCACUCCGACUUCAAGACCUCGACGGCCGGUGUGGCCCACACGCGGAGCCUCGGGUUCCUGAAAAGGCACCUGGGUGGGCCAUUCUUUGAUCUCGAGAAGAUCUGGGAUGAACACGCCUACUAUGAGUUUGGCGACCGCUCGGUCGAGAAGACCAUGGCCACAAUGGUGCAGGAGCCCUAUGUCAAUCACAUCCCCACAUUGACCGGAGGCAUUGGACGAGCGCGCUUGAGCCACUUCUAUCUCCACCACUUCAUCUUCAACAACCCCAACGAUACAGCCCUGGGGCUGAUCAGCCGAACGGUGGGCACGGAUCGCAUCGUUGACGAGUUCGUUUUCUCUUUCACCCAUGUGAAGCAGGUCGAUUGGUUAAUUCCCGGAAUUCCCCCGACGGGCAAGUUCCUCCGCAUCCCUUUUACAUCUGUAGUCAAUAUCCGAGGAGAUCGACUCUACCAUGAACAUAUCGCAUGGGACCAGGCGACUGUCCUAGUGCAACUCGGUCUGAUGCCCGAGUAUCUUCCCUUCCCGUAUGUUUUGCCGGACGGGACACGUCCAGGUCCGGGGAAACGGUUCGAGUUCCGCGUGCCUGCUGCGGGGGCUGAAGCGGCUGAGAAGUUGGAGAGCGAACAUGCAGUGCCUUCCAACAAGAUGCUCGAGUACGCGAUCCGUGAAGUGGACGACCGGUGA